AUGGUCAUGUUGAAAAAUGUUGAGCAACGUGAAGGGUCAGCUGAUGAUUCAAAGAAAACGAAAUUAUACACUCAUUACAGGAGAAACUCAAGGAUUUUCGAUUUGCAAAAGCACAUCGAGAGAACACAGAGUGCAGAGAAAAAUUACGAAGAGUUACUUGCUUCUCUACUCGAGGAGGGCGAGGUGUCAGUGUGUCCCGAUGGGCUCCUUCACUUCGGGGACACGGUCAUCAUUCACGCCCCUGUUGUGCAGCCGAGGAAAGGUUCCCCCGUGGAGUCGUUCCCGUGCACACUCCAGGCGACGCCCUCCAAGGCCGCUCUCCUGAAGAACGUGUACCAUGAGGUGCCGAUCACAGCGCACCCUCAGCAUCACCGGCCGAUCCUCAAGAACGUCUUCACGAUCUUGCCGCGCACCUCCGCUCACCCGAUGGGCAGCGAGCUCACCUACGGCGCCCCCUUCAACCUGGUCCACAUAACCCCCAGCAGACAGCGACUCUACGUGACCUCCCCGGUGGGUUCGGCGCUCCACUCCGGCCGGGAGAGUCGACGGCAGGAGGUUCUGCUGCAGGACGAGGAGAGCGCGCACUCCGCCUGGCGUCUGCAGCCCAGCGACCCCGCCCUCAGGCUCACCUACGAGGGGCAGCCGGUCGAGGUCGGAGCUCGAGUGCGUAUUCUGCAGACGAUGACAAACCAGCCGCUGGUUGUGGAGGAGGAGUUUUCGACGAAGACAAUCUAUGGCCCGGAACAGCAAGUGAGCGUGGGCGUGGUGAACCGAGCGACCCCCGAGCCCCACGUCCUCUGCCUCUCACCUGCGCGGAGGACCCCACGCAGGAGGAAAUAG